ACCAACCAACUAGAAAAUAAUUUGAAAAUCAAUUUCAACAGUUACGGAAUUGUGGAAUUCGUAUAUGAAUAUUUAACCUAAAUCUAAAAGAAUGUCUGCUGAAAAAUUAUCCAGAAUUGAUUCAAUUGAUGACACUGAUAAAACUCGUAAAGGAUCACAUGAUACAUCACAAACAGAUAGUCGACGUCCAUCAAUUAUUACUCAGUCAAGACGACAAAGUCGUUUUAGUUUUGCAUCACGUAGAUCAUUGUUUGGUGGACAUGGUUCACUUAUUGGAAUGUUACGUGGUGGAGUUAAUAAAAAUAUAAAAUAUGAGAAUACAUAUAGAAUACAACCGAAACCAAAUGAAAGAAUUAAACAGAAACAAUUACGAAAUUUAAUUCAAACAACAUUGGAUCACACAUUGAAAGAUGUUAUCUAUGAACCGUUACAAGCACGUAUUUUAUCAAUGAAUUUAGCAAAUAUGUUAAGAAAAAAUGUACGUGAAUUAAAUACUCCAUCAAGGUAUAAAUUUGUUGUACAAGUUCAUAUUGGUUCACCGGAACGUAAUAGUAUAUUUAUUAGUAGUCAAUCUGUAUGGAAUGUUGAAAUGGGUGAUACUUAUGCAUCAGCCAUAUUUUCAAAUUCAAAAAUAUUCGCUGUUGGUAUUAUACAUGCUGUAUAUUUUGAAUAAUA